GCUACGGGAGUCCGUAGCCGGCGUAGGCUCAGUUGGCAGCAGUACGCACAGCGAGAAGCAUCUACCAUGGCCGAUAUCACGAAGGAGGAGCUACGCAAGGAGAUCACCGCAAUCCUCAAGGAUGCUGACCUCACUACAAUGUCUGCUAAGAAAGUGAGGCAACAAAUCGAAGAAAAACUCGAUGUUGACCUUAUAGAAAGGAAAAAGGAGGUGGAUGAUUUAGUCAUGGAAUGUCUUCAAGAAAAACAGGACGGAGGAAAGAAAAAGAAGAAGGCUGCUAGUGAGGAGUCUGAAGAUGGCGAGGAGGAAGAGGAAGAAGGAUCUGAAGAGGAGGAGGAGGAAGAAGAGAAAAAGCCAGCUAAGCGAAAUCCUGCUAAAAAGACUCCUAACAAGCGUAAGAAGGGAUCCUCUGAUGAUGAAGAAAGCGCUAGUGAUGAUGAUGCUAGCGACGAAGAAUACAGCCCAAAGAAACCUAAAGUUACACCUAAAAAAAGUAAGCCUGGAAAGAAAGGAAAGAAGAAGGGUAGCGACAGUGACAGUGACGAGGACUGGGGUAAAAACAAGAAAGCCCCAGGAAGUACAGCAAAGAAGGGGGCUGGUGGCAAAGGCAAGGGAGGUGGUUACACGCGCGCUAUCACAUUAUCUCCAGAACUCGCCGCGGUUGUUGGCGCAGAACAAAUGGCUCGACAUGAAGUCGUGAAGAAAGUAUGGAGUAUCAUCAAAGAAAGGAAUCUUUAUGAUCCUAAGAAUAAACAGUUUGCGAUUUGUGACGAGGAAUUAAUGAAGGUAAUCGGCGUAAAGCGUUUCAGAACUUUCGGCAUGAUGAAAUACCUCAAAAAUCACUUUGUAGAUUAAAUCAUUCUUCAAUCCCGAUCUCCGACAAGUUAUAUACAUAUAUAUAUAUAUAACAUAUUCCAGGGUGCGUCUUGUGCACCUCUUCAUCUUUCUCACACGAUACAUACAUAUACAUGAAACACAAAGGUAUUUCUUGCGACUUAAGACUUUAGACCAUGUUUACACCAUUCCGACGUACUCUGCCGCUCAUUGUAAUCAUUUUGUCCCAUUGAUGACUGCAAUAUAUAAUAUAUUGACUUUGUAGCCAUUAUUAAUUAUUAUAAACAUGACUCCUGACAAAUGCGUUGGUAAUGACGCAUACGAUUCAUAUAAUUUUUAACAAGUAAUCGCAAAUUCUUUGGAAUCCUUUUAACAUUGGGACAAUUGUUACCAUGAACGUCCAGAUGAUUUCGAAAUGUGAAUGACAUUACAGUGGCCAAUAGUCAAUAAGCUGGUUUUAAGUCAUCUAAUUCAAAAUAAAUGUUAUAUCAUUUGUAUGGUCGUCAUUAAUAACAAUAUCUUACUCCUAAUGCAGUAACGGCGCGCGAUUAUAGCAAUGGCAUUAUUGAAUGAUAAACUAAAAAUGAAAUUUAAAUUUGGAAGCACUUUUUUUGAUAUUUAUAAGACGCUCAAUUUUAUUCUGUGACAUUUCAACUAACACAUUUAUUACAUUGGCGAUAUAAUUACUUUCAAUAUAUAUAUAUAUUUGAAGUAUUAGAAACAUAUUUGUUCUGUGUCAUUAUCAAUGAUUUUAACUAUCUAUCCUUUAGUACGAAAAUCCUUAAAGUUAAUGCCAGACUAUGCAUGAUUUGCGAUUUAUAAUUUGCUGUUCGCCGGUCAUGAAACUAAUAUAGAACUAUACUAUAUGACGAACCGUAAAUCAUAAACAAUAUGGAUGGUUCAUAUUGGCGAAUGAUACAUUUCUGCAAAUACUACAAAUUAUGGAUAAUCUGGUGCUAGUUUUAUAGUAUUUUUGUUAUUUCUCUACCCCUUUUUAUAUUGAAAAUUUUUUCUUCUGAAAAAUGAAUGUAAUAGAAUGACAGAUUUCGCCUUCAGAACGAAGAUAAAUGUGCGGACAUUUACAAAAAAAAAAACAAAGAGAAGCUACGCGGAAAAUUAAUAUCCUGUACCUCUUCUGUAUAAUAGCUACAUUAUACACAUGCAAGUGUAAGCAAAGUUUAAUUGUAUUAUCGUGUAAUUACUAAUUAUUGUCGUAAUAUAGGUUUCUUGGUGUAAAAAUUGAAUCUAACGUUUAAGAUCUAAUGGUAAAACAAUAUAUUCACUGAAAGGUAUCUUAUAAGCAUAUUAAAUGAAUAAAGUCACAGUGCGUGCAGCGACCACUGGAUGAUGUUAAUGAAAUGUAGGGAAUUAAAUAAUAGGCUCACGCGAAGCGAGGUGCGGAGUCUUAACUGCAUACAUCUGUCCGAGCUUCGACAUAUGUAAAAUUCGUGUAUUUUGAAUAUAAAUUAAAGAAAAGCUGGCCUAAAAGUCACGAGGAAAGCCACACAAAUAAGAUCAUUGCAGUUCACGAAAGCAUUACAUACGUGGAAGAAAUGCGUACGGAAUGAUAAAUUAGAAUACGAACUUGUUUCCCUAAAAAUGAAAGAGGAAAAAACCUAUUUAAACUGUAAUGUUCCGUGAAAUGUAUUUGGAAAUGUCAUUAAAAAGUAUUGCUUUCAUUUUUUUUUU